AUGGGUUCGUUUUACAAAGGCUACUGUUCCACGAUUAGUGGAAAGUGGCUUCAGCUUGGGGUUACGCUUUGCUCGGCCAUGACAUUUAUGCUCUUUGGCUAUGACCAAGGCGUUCUCGGAGGUCUCAUAGCUACGCCACAACUCCUCGACGCUCUCCACAUUGCCGCCAGCGACGCCAACACGCAGGGAACUGUUACGGCAAUCUACAACAUCGGCUGUCUGGUGGGGUGCCUCAUCUGUGCGACCGCGGGCCAGAUGUUGGGCCGACGGACAUAUAUAGUCAUUGGUGGCUUUAUUCUUAUCCUCGGAGCAAGCAUCCAGGCAGGUGCCAAUGGAACUCCCAUGAUGAUUGCCGGCCGGGUAAUUGCAGGCAUUGGCACGGGCAUGGAGACGUCUUUCAUACCCAUCUGGGUCUCCGAAUGUGCACAAGCUGCUCAUAGAGGUGCCCUCGUCGCCGUCCAGCUCUCCAUCGUUCUCUUGGGCCUGUCGCUGGCGUAUUGGUUCGACUACGGCACAACGAAUAACCUGACGGGAUCGGUGGUAUGGAGGUUGCCUUUGGCCUUCCAAGUCGUGUUUAUCAUUGGCGCACUCUGCACCAUUCCCCUGCUCCCAGAGUCUCCCCGAUGGCUAUACUCGAACGGCCAUCUUGAUGACGCUGAUGACGUUAUGGCCCGCAUUCUGCAAGUCCCAGUCCAUGACCCUGCCGUCCUCACCCGCAGGGCAGAAGUCCUGGAAGCACUGAGGAUGGAGAAGGAGACAGAGUUCCGCCUGAAGAAUAUCUUCUUCGACGACUCUCCGAUCAAUACUUCCUGGCGCAUCUGGAUUGGGGUCAUCAUCCAGUUUCUUCAACAACUCGGCGGCAUCAACCUUGUCGCCUACUAUGCGUCGUACAUCUUCAUCCAUAACCUGGGCAAGACACAAUAUCAGGCCAGUUUGCUGUCCGGGGGCCUGAGUCUCGUCUUCUGGGGAGGGUCUUUAACAUCCAUCUAUACCGUGGAGAGGUUUGGCCGGCGUCCGGUAUUGCUCGUCGGUGCGACCUGCACAUCCAUAUGCAUGAUCCUCUACACCAUAGGUCUGGCCAUCUACACCGAGAAAUCCUUGACCAUGGCCGUCGCCUUCAUUUUCUUGUUUGAGUUCAGCUUUGGGGCGUCUUGGUGCAUCGUUCCCUGGAUGUAUGCCCCGGAAGUGACCCCCCUGCACGUCAGGCACAUCGGGACCUCACUCGCCGUUGGCAUGGAAUGGCUCAUGACAUUCGUCAUCGUCAAAGUCGGUCCGAUCGGGAUCACGAAUUCGGGAUGGAAGUUCUAUCUGCUGUUCUGCGUUUUCAACGUCAUUCAGGUGAUAUUUGUCUGGUUUUGUGUCAAGGAGACCAAGGGGCUCACCCUGGAGGAGAUUGAUUUGGUCUUUGCAAAACCAGCGCAUAGGGCUCACCUGCAGGCCCAGCUAUAUAACGCCGAGCAUAUCCCAAAUGGGGAUGGAAAGGAGGUCCUGGAGGUGGGGAUGGACGAGAAAGCGACACAAGACCCCUGA